CAGUGCUGGCUGUGGCGGCGGCCUGCUGGGACCUCCUGUGUGGCCUUUCCCGCGUCGCGUCCUCCUCACAGACUCCUGGCUUCGACCCCGAGUGCGCCGCGUCAACCCGACUGUUCAUUCCAGCACAGAAACGGGAACGUAUAUAUAUUUUUUUUCUCCCAUCGUGAUCUUGUUGGGAAAAUAAAUAGUGCGAGAGUUUUAUAUUACGAAGAAGAAGAAAGAAAAAAUACAACACGUAUUGAGAUCUCCCGUGAGUGUGUGUUUUUAGUGCGAUCGUGUGUCUGAUUUGGUCGACAGUCGCAGGAUUAUCGGCGGCGCUCUGUCCGACGCAAGCACAAGCACCAGAUGCAUAAUUAUAGAGUGGUUCCCCAGAGGAUCUGAGCGCUUCUUGAGGGCGUGAGUGUGGUGGCACUGAAGGCCCCUGUAGUGCUUGCAUCACCACGCCACCGCAUCGCCCUCCUCCCGUGGCACCAACAGAAACAUGGCACGGAAGAAGAACAAAGGGCACGGCAAAAAGGGUACCCAAUCUGCCAGCAAGACAGACUCUGGGCCAAAGAAAAAGGGUGCACCAGCCCCUCCUGGCCUAGGAGGACCUGAGGACAACCCAGAAAAGGAGGCUGAUGACCAGAAGGAUACCGGUGUCGUUGCACAGUCCGACGUUUGCGUGACUCAGCCUUCGUCUCCGUCGCUGCCUCCAACUAACGUUUCCUCCCCCAGUUUAACCAAGGAAUGUGAGAACACUUCUGUUACUGAGGAGACAAGUUUUGCAUCUUGCCUAACUGAGGAGACAAGCACCCUCUCAGAAUGCUGUGUCCUGCCUGCUCAAAAUGUGACCCCGGCCAGUGAAGCCUUGCGUGCUCCAGCCAAGGAACACCAGGCAGAUCUGUUGUCAAAUUCCGUGUCUGACUCAGUCGCUCUGAACAUUACCCAAAAUGGUGUUAAAAAAGACUCCGAAUACGAGAGUGCCGAGGAACUUGACACUCCUGCAGGUUCAGCAGCUGUUGUGGAAGAACCUCCAUCUACAAGUGCCAACGUUGCUACAAAUCAAACCCAGAGCUCGGAACAGGAGCUUGGAUUACCAGUGCCACUAGGAGGUAAAGAGGAAACCAGAAAUACUGAGGUCAUUCAGAAUUCUGUGGCCAAGGAAGCAGAAUCUCAAGUAAUUCAGGAAACAGUAACUGGUCUCUCAGACUCCAAUUCAAAAGACAUAGCAAACACUGUCAGUGAUUCUUUGGUAACCGUAACUAAGAGUGAAAUUAUUGAAGAAUCUAUUCAAGUUCUCUCAGAUGCUGGUAGUAAGACAGAUGUCGCUGACCCUGUGAAAGGUGAAACACGUAUAAUCACUACUCAGACAGUUGAAACAAAUGGUAAUUUAAGUGAAGUACAUGCAAAACUCUCUACCACAACUGAAAACUCUCUACACAAAAAUACAGAAAAGGAAAAUAUUUGUAAUGGUGAUGAUAACUGCAGUAAGGAAAUUACAGAUAAUCUUCACGUUAGUGGUCCAGUGACUGACAACCAAAAUAAUUCAAACCUUAUUAGCGAGCCAGUAAAUGAAAAGGGUGUGAAGGGAGAGACUAACACAGAAAACACACAGAAAGCAGAAAGAAAUUCAAGCCCUCUUCCACCGCCAGAGAAAGCUGGAGAUCCAGAGGAUAUUCCGAUUCCUCCAAAGAAAUCAUACAACCUUGAUUUUCUUGAUAAUUUAGAAGACCCAAAUUUCAACCCCUUUGCCACAAAGACUGUUGUCAGAAACACUCCACCACCGAGCCCAGAACCUAAUCGCAAACCAUUGAAACCAGCCGUAACAAAGAAAAGACAAGUGCCAGGAAAUGACAAGGCAGAGAUAGCAAAGAAGGAAACACAGGCAAAAGAGGUAGAGAAAUCAGAAAAGGAACAAACAGCAACAGAAGACAAAAAAGACAUAAAAGAAGUCACUUCUAGUAGAGAGCCUGAAAUAGUAGCAUCAUCAGAAGAGAAGGAAGAGGAAAAUGCCAAUAAACAGGGGCAGCUCCUAGAAAUAUCUAUUGACGACGAGCCUAAGACCGUACGUAAACCCCCAAAGAAUCUAGGCAAGAGACCACAGCCAAAGCCUAGGGUAAAGAAGUCAAUUGAAAAGAACAACAAUACUGUUAUCAAUAAUAAUAUCACUGAGACAGAAGUAAAAUCAGAACCAGAAGAAGAUUUGCCAAUACCACCUUCAAAAGGCUACAACUUAGACUUCUUAGAUAAUUUAGAUGACCCAAAUUUCAAUCCUUUUGCAACAAAGACUUCAGUAUCAAACUCUCCUCCAAAAGAGGGAUUUGUAGCACCAGCUGAUAAAGAAGGGGACGUCAAGCCAAAAGCAAAAGUUGUCACCCCAAAGAAGUCUCCUGCCAAGAAGGGAUUCUCAGUGAUAAAGAAAGGAUCCAAGAAACCGGCAGAUGAGGUAGACGCCUCGAAAAAGGAAGCAAGUCAGGCCACUCCAGCUCCAAGCGCAGAGGCUGAAAAUCAGGAGGACCUCCCUGCAGUACCAACUAAGGGGUAUAACCUUGAUUUCCUUGAUGAUCCUAACUUCGACCCCUUCAAGACAAGGUCAGGUUUUGAAGGCAAGUCGUCAUCAACUGCUCAGAAUCUUGACACUCCUAGCAACAAACCUGAAGACACUAAAAGUCCUGCGCCAGUGUUAGAAAAAGAAGACCAGAGUUCAGAAGGAGUUGAAGUCACUGAGGAAAAAGAAAAGAGUCCAGACCAGCAGCCUAAAAGAUUAGAUGCAGAUGGUAGUGAUGGUACCUCAAUAAAUGCACCAAGUGAGAAUCAGAAUAAGGAAGUAUUAGAUGAAAAGGCCGAGCCAAAAAGUGAAAAUAGUAUUGAAGAUCAGCCAGCAAGUGUAGAGCCCAAAUCAUCAGAACCCGAUUCUCACUCUGUAAAGGAAAAUACUUCAGUUCCUGUUGCUGAAGAAAAGGAACAGAAUUUAGAAAAAGUAAAACCUCAAACUUCUGAAGAAAAGACUUUAGAUGUAAAAUCUCAAGUUUUGACAGAAAAGACUGAGGUUGCAAAGGAAAAGGAGAACCUCCAGGUUGCAACAGAAGAAGUCCAGGUUGUGGAAAACAAAGCCAAAGUUGCAGAAGUAAAGCCUCAGGUUGCAGUUGUAAAGCCCCAGGUUGUUGAAGUUAAACCUCUUGUUGUGGAAGCAGAUCUUUCUGUGGAUAAAGGAACUCUGCCCCCAAAAGAAGAGCAUUUGCCAUCUGCAGAUACUACUUGUGAUACACCAGAUUCAGCCAGUAAAACAGAAACUGCAGUAGUUGGAGUGUCUAAAGAAGUAGAGAAGGAAGUAGGAAAUACAUCAGUAAGACAAGAAAUAAACACUGAAAGUGAAUCUGUAGCUUUUGAAGAAGCAAGUCUCCCAAAAGUUCCUUCCAUUGGAAGAAUAGGCCAACUUGACAGCUUAGAGUUUGCACAGUUACUUGGCAAUGAAGCAAGCCGUCUUGCCGAGGAGUUUAUGAACUGCUCUUGUGACUCUGGGUUGCCAGAUUCGGAUGACAGUAAUUCUGUAAAGUGUACAAGUUCUGCUUCCGACAUGGAUCCUAGCAAGGCAGCACACUAUAGUGGAGCACACCUUGAUGAGAGUGUUAACCCAUUCAUGAAGAGUUCAAGGUUACCAAGAUCUCCACCCCUAGGGAAAAGAGGUGCUGUGUGCGGUGCGGAGAGUGGAGAUUCUUCAGAGAUGAUGGACCCCUUCAAGCCCAGAAGAGCAUUAAGAAGAGAGGAGGUGUUGGGAGAAGAUCGACAGGAUACUUUAAGUGUUGAUGAAGAUUCCGGGAUAGUGAUGCCAACACGUUCCGAUUUGGAGGUAGAGGUGAACCAUAGCGAAGCAGGACCUGAGAUUGCUACAGGAUUAACCUCCAGCGACCUCAGAUGUGCAUCGCAAUGUUUGAGCAGUUCAGCGAGCUCGUCAUCACUGAGAACAGAAGAUCCGGAGGAAGAUCUUGGUGACCAGAUCACUGACGAGGAGUUCCUUGCCUCGGAAGCAUUUUUCAAGGAAGCAUCAGACCUGGAAAGGCAGUUUAGGAGAAAUCUUUCAACGCCCAUGGGAAGUCAAAGUAAACUGAGCGGAGAUGAAGUAACGCCAAUCAAGGAGAAACCAGAGCACCCUUCAGUCACUCCGGAGUCGCCACAGAACAAGCCUGUCCCGUCCACUUCCACUCCUAUUCCACCACGUGAAGAAAGAUCGGCUCCUGAAGGCACCAGCAGCCCAACACCCCGUCCCAGCGACACCUCCGAGCACAAGCCCUCGUCUUCGCGCCCCCUUUCCGUCCCCCCGGAUGGUUAUGUGACCACUGCAGAGGUAGAGGAGCUCCUGAAGCGACAGUCACUACAAUUUGAAGAAAAGCUCCUCCGAGCGGAGUUAGCUGCUGGGGAGAAGGAGAGAAAAUUGAUACAAGCCAUGAAGGAGGAACAGAAGGAGAAGGGCAACCUAGGGGGGUCAUUGACAGAGCUAACACAGUCACGCGAUGCUCUGCUCAAGAUGGUGGGCCAGUACAAGGGCAUGCUAGCACAACUAGUGGGUGAGAAGGAGAAGGAAAAGCAGAACGCGGAGGAAAGAAUCAAGACCCUCGAAUCAGAAAGAAACCAAGCCCUAGAUGACUUAGCCAAUGUGGAGAAUGCGUUCUCUGAUGUACAUAGGAAAUAUGAAAGAACAAAGCAGGUAGUUGACACACUGAGAAGAAAUGAAGAAACCCUGCGUGGUGCUAUUACAGACUAUGAAGGCAAAUUACAGAAACAAGAACAGAAGUUUAUUGAAUUCCAGAAACAUGCAGAAGAGAAAAUACAGUUAGCAAAUGAGGAGUUUGAAACAAUGAGGAAAGCAAAUGAGCAAGAAAUGACCAAAAUGGCUGCCCUCCUGAAGAAAGCAGAAAUGAAGAUUGUUUCUCUCCAGGACGCCUUCGACAGGAAGACCCGAGAGAACCAAGAACUAACACAGCUCUGUGAUGACCUUAUCAACAAAGUUGGAGGAACGAAUUAAUUGUUGAAAUUUAAUGUUCUCUGGUAACAAAAUAUAACUGAUUAGGAUUAGACUGCUGCUGCUGAAACAAGUUUUAAAUGAGGAACGUCAAGAUAAAGGCCCAUCUCAUAUUGUUAAGAGAGCAGCAACUGUGAUCAUAAACCCCCCUGAAAUGGUUCAGUCUGGGUAUCUUUUUCCUACAGUAAUAGAUUGGACUGGUUUGAUACAUAUUAAAAUAAUGAACAAAAUGGAAUGAUUUUUUCGAAUUUCACUGUCGUCAUUCUUCUUUUGUAUAUUUUAACAUGUGACCUGAGGUACUGAUUGGAUACCUUCUAUCCUGACUCAAACUGCUUCACUGACACACUGAAUGAUGUUGUUAAUGUGUGUGUCAGGUAGUAUGAUGUAUGUUGUGCAAGGAGUCAUGCAAAAUAUCAGGCCACCCAAUUGAAUCUUUGUGAAUAGCUGAAGAAAUUUUAAAGCUUGCAGUGAGUUUGUUGAGUAUAUCUAGAGAUUUGGCUUUUUGUCAGUUGAUAAAUAUUACCAAACUGAUAUCCUGCACUGAUUGUCAUUAUGUAAAUGCAAUGUACAUAUCAAAUAAGGAGAAUAUUGCCUGAUAGGUUAUACACUAAUAUUAAAAAAAAAGAGAAAUUAGUAUAGCUGGGGAAGAAAGUAGCAUUGAUAACAGAAUCUAUAUUAUAUAUUAUUACCAGUGUGUUAAACUGGAAAGCUUGUAAAUAAUGAUAAUUUUACACAUUUCCAUCACUACAUCGUUAUAUAUCACUCGAUUGUGAAGCAUUUGUGCAAUUCACAAAAACAGUUUCUAUGAAAUUAACUUAAUUUUGCCAUUAAGCUGCUCUUCUAUUGUGAAAUGUGGAAGCUGUCGGGUUGAGAAAUCAGCUGGAAACAAGCAAGAAGACAGAGCAUGAUGUACAUGAUGAUCCCGCGUACCGAAAAGUGCGUGGGAGAGUUUGCCAUUACUUAAGCAUUUGAUAACCGGUUCCAGACUCUGGAAUGCACGAUUUGUACGAGUAAUAUCUAAUAAUAGAGAUUGAGAGUGUUAUCCCUGAUGCUGGUGUGACAGGUGACGAAUGGUGUGAAGGGUAAUAGGGCUGUGAUAGUACACCAUUUUUGUCUUUGAUGAAAUAGCUGCCAAAGGUCUGCUGAUAAGAUUUUGCUUCUGUUUUAUAUUUUUAUUGAUAGAUGCUUGAAGGUAGUCAGACCAAGCACAAAAUAUUAUUUCUUUGAUAUGCUUGAUUUCUCUAUGUUUAGUAAACACGACUGAAUGCCAAUUCCAUCCAGGGUUGACAAAAAUAUAUCUAUAGGAAUAUUUGAUUUCUAAUUGGACAGACACAAGAGGUGUUCUUUCCUUUUCAUUUGGUUGGGAAUUUUGCCGUAGAAACCCAGUUCUUUUGAAUAGAUACGUAGUAAUCUGAAUUGUUACUAAAGUCGAAUAACAGAAUCAUUGGUUUCAUUGAAAGAAAACAAGGAUUUAUUGUCAUUAAUUUUUAACAGUUCCUAGUCUCAAAAAGAAAUUGGUGUAGCUUUUACAUCCUGCGCCUCAUGUAAUGAAAUAAUAUGACACAUUUUUCAGUAUUCAUGAGAGCUGUAGACGUCCCGAUCCCCAAGCUUGAAUUUGAAUUUCCUUUCUGAUAGUAAACUUAUGAGAUAGAAGCUCAAAUUCAGUGUUUGCAGUCAGCUUGCCAACUGAUUAUAUAUAUAUAUACAAUGACUUGCUACAUCAGAAUAGGUGCAUGAUGUUAGUAGGGAUCAUGAUUUUUUUCAUCAGCAAUACAUGUUUAUUAUUUUAGUGUUGAUUUACAAAAUUUGUGAUCAAAAAGGUGCACGAAAUUCAAUUCCUACAAGAGGGAGAACUGUAUUAGAUGCAGUACUCUUAUAAACAAACAAACAAACAAACAAAAAAAAGCUAGGGGAAAAAAAAAAAGCAAUGUGCCUUAUAAUACAUGACAAGAUGGAUAAUCUGAAAAAUAAUACUUGAUGAGGAAAAAUCCGAACUUGUUUUUUUGAUAAAGAGUAAAAGGGCACAUUUACGCAGACCAGUCAAUAAAAGUAUGCAGAUUGCUUGUCAGUUACGUAUGUAAAUGUAUAUGCAGAAAUCUUAGUUUCGAGGCUCAUAGCCCCAGAUUAUUUAUGACUUUUAGAGAGAUCUUAAGUUUAUCAUGUGACACUUCUUUAUGUAUUAUAGAUAUUAAAAUAAAUUAACACACCAUU